AUGUCUUUCAGAACUACUUCUAUGAGAAUGGCUAGAUUAGCCACUGCUAAAGCUACUUUGUCCAAGAGAACUUUCUCCUUGUUAGCUAAUGCCACUGUCAGAUACUCCGCUGUCAACUCCGUUAAAGCUAUGACUCCAAUUACCUCAAUUCGUGGUGUUAAGACCAUUAACUUUGGUGGUACUGAAGAAGUUGUCCACGAAAGAGCUGACUGGCCAAAGGAAAGAUUAUUGGAAUACUUCAAAGAUGACACCUUUGCUUUGAUUGGUUACGGUUCUCAAGGUUACGGCCAAGGUUUGAACUUGAGAGACAAUGGUUUGAACGUCAUCAUUGGUGUUAGAAAAGGUUCCUCUUGGGAAGCUGCUAAAGAAGACGGUUGGGUUCCAGGUGAAAACUUGUUUGAAGUUGACGAAGCUAUCUCCAAAGGUACCAUCAUCAUGAACUUGUUGUCUGAUGCUGCUCAAUCCGAAACCUGGUCUCACAUCAAACCACAAUUGACUGAAGGUAAGACCUUGUACUUCUCCCAUGGUUUCUCCCCAGUUUUCAAGGAAUUGACCCACGUUGAACCACCAUCCAACAUUGAUGUUAUCUUGGCUGCUCCAAAGGGUUCUGGUAGAACUGUCAGAUCUUUGUUCAAAGAAGGUAGAGGUAUCAACUCCUCUUAUGCUGUCUGGAACGAUGUUUCUGGUAAAGCCGAAGAAAAAGCUAUUGCCAUGGCCAUUGCUAUUGGUUCUGGUUACGUUUACAAGACCACUUUCGAAAGAGAAGUCAACUCCGAUUUGUACGGUGAACGUGGUUGUCUUAUGGGUGGUAUCCACGGUAUGUUCUUGGCUCAAUACGAAGUCUUGAGAGAAAACGGUCACACUCCAUCAGAAGCUUUCAAUGAAACUGUUGAAGAAGCUACCCAAUCCUUGUACCCAUUGAUUGGUAAAUACGGUAUGGACUACAUGUACGAUGCUUGUUCCACUACUGCUAGAAGAGGUGCUUUGGACUGGUACCCAAGAUUCAAGGAUGCUUUGAAACCAGUUUUCGAAGACUUGUACGAAUCUGUUAGAAACGGUACUGAAACCCAAAGAUCUUUGGACUUCAACUCCAGAGCUGACUACAAAGAAAGAUUAGAAGAAGAAUUAAAGACUAUCAGAGAUAUGGAAAUCUGGAGAGUCGGUAAGGAAGUCAGAAAAUUACGUCCAGAAAACAACUAA